AACCGCCGAGUGGUAAACAAACAUGGUACUGGAGGGGGAAGCGGUAUCCGCGUCGAUGGCAGAGAUGCAACUUGACAUGACGGCACUCGCUACAGAAGUCAAGGGAAGUGUAACCAAAGACAGCACUGAGCAAGUAGACAAAGCCCCUGUGAAGUAUUUUACCUACGAUUACUCAAUCAAGAGGAGAUUACAAAGUUUUCUUGUUGGAGAUUCCAGAUCACGUUUUUACAACACAGUAUUUGACUUUGUGAUAAAGCUGACAGCCUGUCUACUGUAUAUAACUCGUGUACAGCUUGAUGACACCAGGGAGUAUGAGUGUGGAGGCCAUCGUUGUGAGAACGGCACAACGGCCAUACCUGAGAGUGAGGAAUACACCAUGGUUUUCUCUUCAACCAGGAUAAAUUGGUACUUGUUGCUGUGGGUACACAGACCCUUUCCCCUGUGGGUGUUGGAAGUGGGACUGUCAACUGUAACACUUAUCAAGGCUCUCAUCACAGUGUACGUCACCUACAAGAUGAGUCCUAUGGAGAAAAUUGUGGAGCCUUUCUUUGUGUUGGAGUUAGUAUCCUCUGUGCCCAUGAUCGUUACAGUCUGCUGGUGGCCAUUGCGGAACCUGUACGUCCCCACCUUCCUCAACAUCUGGCUUGCCAAAGAGGCUCUCGAGAGUCUAUUUCACGACCUUCACCUCACAAAGCAGAGGUUUCAGUGUAUCGCGGUGACGAUGUACCAGCAGAUGUUGAUUUUAACAGCUACCCUGGUCUGCCUCAUCAUUACCACCGUGUGUGGUAUCCAGCACAUCCAGCGGGCCAGUCAGCUGGAGCGGCUGUCGCUUUUUGAGUCGGUCUGGUUUGUUAUCGUCACCUUCUCCACCGUGGGGUAUGGGGACAUCUCACCUGACAUCUGGCUGGGGCAGCUUUUUAUGAUGCUCAUGAUCUGUGCAGCUUUUGCUUUCGUUCCCAGACAGGUUGAGAUUAUAGCGUCCACUUGGAUUGAGCGUCAGAAGGAGGGCGGGACUUUCAGUCAGCACAGGGCGUCACGCACUAAACACGUUGUCGUCUGUACCAGCACGCUCUCCGCCGAUACGCUCAUGGACUUCCUCAAUGAGUUCUACGCUCAUCCAAAACUAGAGGAUCACAUGGUAGUGUUGCUCUCCCCCAGCGAACUGGACCUCACCAUGCAGACCAUCCUGAGGGACCCCAAAUGGGUCAACAGGGUCAUGUACAUACGGGGGUCCGCGCUGAAAGACGCCGAUCUCUCACGUUGUAGAAUCCAAGUCUCUGAGGCGUGUUUUAUUUUGGGAAACAGAACAAAUGUGGACAAAGAUGCUGCAGAUCAGCAUACCAUCCUACGAUCCUGGGCGGUGAAGGACUUUGCCCCUAAUUGUCCUCAGUAUGUCCAGAUCUUCAAGCCAGAGAGCAAAAUCCACGUCAAGUUCGCAGAGCACAUCGUUUGUGAAGAUGAGUUUAAGUAUGCCCUACUGGCCAACAACUGUCUGUAUCCAGGGUUAUCUACCCUCGUCACACUGCUUCUGCACACCUCCAGGGGAGAAGAGGGUCAGGGAGCAGCGGAGAAGUGGCAGCAGAUCUACGGACGUCACUCCGGCAAUGAGAUUUACCAUAUUCAGCUCAGCAACAGCAUCUUCUUCCGGCAGUACAAGGGCUGGUUGUUCACAGAAGCUGCGGUGGAUAGUCAUCAACGAUUCGGUGUGUCUCUAGUUGGCGUGGAGGACCGUAGAAGCGUUGAUCCUCGUCUCUUGCUUAACCCUGGAUCCUCCUACAUCCUCAAAGAUUCGGACAUCUGUUUCUACCUGAGCGUGACCGAGGAGGAGUAUUCCAAGAUCGUCACAGAUCCGGUCGUCCGGGACAAAGUUCGGGCAGUCAAAGAGGAGAUCAAUCAUACAAAUAUGCUGAGGUCAGCCUGUAAAGUGAUGGCGAAUCAUACAACAAAAAUGGUGGAAAAUAUUCACUUCUCCCAGACAGAAAACCACCGUGCCCAAAUGGCGCUGGAGUUACAGAACCUUAACCAAGAGGAAGAAGAGUCGGGAAACGAGUAUGAGGAUGACAGUGUCUUCUCACGUUCCAUGUCGGAUAACUCUCUUCAGUUGUCUCCCUUGGCCCCGGUGAUCCACGUGACAGGUCCAGAGGGCGAUGAAUGCGAAGAAGGCGUGGAGGACCCGCUUCUGCACGGACAAGAGGACUCAGUUAAGGAUUCGGGGACGGAGUUGGACAGAUCUGGAGACGGCGACGGUGUCCUUAAUAUUUAUCCGGACAUGGGGCAAGAAGGGAUGUGCACUGGUGUUCCUCCGACGUCGAUGUACAUUGGCACCAAAGAGACAAUAUGUCACCUGGUGGCGGACAGACGUCAGGAUUGCUGCCUCCGAUGGGAUCAGACUUGUGAACACUGCUCAUACAAACACGCCCGAGACAGUCGCUGGGAUAAUCAGCUAAUCAUCUUAGCUGCAGAGAGACCCAGCAGUGGUAUUUACAACUUCAUCGUCCCGCUGAGGUCAAACUUCUUACAGCGGGAGCUACUCAACCCAAUCAUUCUUCUCCUGGAGAAUGAACCAGAUCCAAUCUUCCUUCAUAGCAUUUCCCAGUUCCCGAUGGUCUACUGGAUGCUCGGAAAAAUCACAGUGCUAGAUGACUUGCUAAGAGCGGGCAUCAACAAAGCGGCUCAUAUCGUCAUAGUGAACAGGGAGGGGAGUCAAGUAUGUAAGGAGAACACUCUUGCCGAUAGCAAUACCAUCGUAGCCGUACAGACCAUUCAUAAGCUGUUCCCGUCCACAAGCGUGAUCACUGAGCUCAGUCAGUCGUCCAACAUGAGAUUUAUGCAGUUCCGAGCCCUCGAUGAGUACUCGUGGAAGAUCUCCAAGCUGGAGAGGACAAUUAAAAACCAAGGUUCUAAUUUAUCCUACAUGUUCCGCAUUCCUUUUGCUGCUGGGAACGUCUUCAGCGCCUGUAUGCUGGACACAUUGUUGUAUCAGACAUUCGUGAAGGACUACCUGAUUAGUUUUGUGCGCCUGUUAUUGGGCAUUGACAGGGUGGAAGGGUCAGGGCAUUUAUCCAGUAUCCGCGUCAAAAAGCAGACCGUCGCAACGUUUCCCACUUACGGACGUCUGUUUCAGAGUCUGGUACUUACAACUGGGGAAAUCCCCAUCGCUAUUUAUAGAACACAAAGGGGCGACAACCCUUCAGACCGCCUGGAUGAGCAUAAGUUGAGAAAGAACGGGCCUCUGAGAGGACCAUCAGUAAAGACACGAAGGCGACAGGCAACGAUGAAGAAAGAGGUGGUGCGACUGGUGAAGUGCCGCAUGGAAAUUCUGGGCUUACCAGACGAUGAUUACAAUGACGACCACAGAAACAAGACGGAUGUUUCCUUCGUGAUUGUCAACCCUUAUUACAGACGCCGGCUCAAACGUGGCGAUAUUGUCUACGUUAUCCAACCCAGUUCUAUGUGUGCUGUUCAACCGAUCGACCUCAGGCGACGGAAAACUCGUCACUGUAGCACUGAAACUCCGCCCACUUGUAAGAAAGUGGAUCUCGUUCACCUUCACUCUGUGCCCUGAAUCCCCAAUAUAAGGGGAGAUAACUACAGGUAUAAGUUAAUCAACCGUCAAUCAUCUGAUCGGCCAAUCGGAGCGCUUGGUCGCUGCUCAUGGCAACAGCUGUCGACUCCGCCCACGGAAUACGACAGCAUAAUGUGAGAACAGUAAUAAGCGUAAAAUGAGUCAGUGUACCAGUGCACGCCCUCAGUAUCAAAUGACCAUCAGCGGUAUGCGCUACUUUUCAAGCAAAGUAGAUCAUCUCUCCAACAGAACUUGAAAGUUCUUCACCGAUAUGGAUCACCAGUUUUUCAGCUAUGUAUCUCACAUCUUACGCUAAAUGAUGCUCAGCUGUGAACUAAGGUACAGUAGGAUGCUUCCAGCUACACAGUUGUAUGUGAGACACAUCUUCUACAGAAUGGUCAAUGCUUCGGGCUGUACAGCUGUUUGUGACACAUCUUCAACAGAAUGAUCAAUCCUCCGGGCUGUACAGCUGUUUGUGAGACACAUCUUCAACAGAAUGGUCAAUGCUUCGUGCUGUACAGCUGUUUGUGACACAUCUUCAACAGAAUGAUCAGUGCUUCGGGCUGUACAGCUGUUUGUGAGACACAUUUUCAACAGAAUGGUCAAUGCUUCGUGCUGUACAGCUGUUUGUGACACAUUUUCAACAGAAUGAUCAAUCCUCCGGGCUGUACAGCUGUUUGUGAGACACAUCUUCAACAGAAUGGACAAUGCUUCGGGCUGUACAGCUGUUUGUGACACAUUUUCAACAGAAUGAUCAAUGCUUCGGGCUGUACAGCUAUUUGUGACACAUCUUCAACAGAAUGGUCAGUGCUUCGGGCUGUACAGCUGUUUGUGACACAUCUUCAACAGAAUGGUCAAUCCUCCGGGCUGUACAGCUGUUUGUGACACAUUUUCAACAGAAUGGUCAGUGCUUCGGGCUGUACAGCUAUUUGUGACACAUCUUCAACAGAAUGGUCAAUGCUUCGGGCUGUACAGCUGUUUGUCACACAUCUUCAACAGAAUGAUCAAUGCUUCGGGCUGUACAGCUAUUUGUGACACAUCUUCAACAGAAUGAUCAAUGCUUUGUGCUGUGUAACUAUCUAUGGGACACAUCUUUAACAGAAUGAAGAAUGACCCCUGCUAUAGGUGAGACACAUCUUCAACUGAAUGAACAGUGCUUCUUGUUAUACAGUUGUACGUGAGACACGUCUUCAGCAGAAUGAUCAGUACUCCGUGCUGUACAACUAUUUGUGGGACACAUCUUUAACAGAAUUAAGAAUGAUUCCUGCUAUAGGUGAGACACGCCUUUACAAAAUGAACGGUGCUUCUUGCUAUACAGGUGUAUGUGAGACACGUCUUCAACAGAAUGAACGUUGCUUCUUGCUAUACAGUUGUAUGUGAGACACGUCUUCAACAGAAUGAGCCAGAGACAUACCUUCAACAGAAGAAGCAAUAAUUCCUGGUACAGUUGUAUGUAUGUCAAACGCAUCUUUAACCGAAUAAGUAAUUCUUCUUGGAACAACUGUAUGACAGAGAUACCUUCAACAUAAAGAAGCAAUAAUGCCUGCUAUCAAUUAUAUGUACGGCGUGUGUUCAACAGAAUGAAAUAUUCAACAGAAUGUGCAAUGCUACCAAUUAUAUUUACGGCAUGUGUUCAGCAAGGCAACACCUUUUUCAACCGGGCUGUAUGCGAAACAGUAAUCUUUCAAAGAAAAUCAAUCAGUGGGGUAGAUGUAUGUGAAACACCAUUUUAACAAAAACUGUUACAGUGAUCGCUGCAUUUGUAAGGCAAUUUUUAAACAGAAUAAUCAGGUCUUCCUUUCGCCAUGGCCACCUACCAUGCCUUCGUGUCAUUGGGCGAUGUGGGAGAAGAAAACUGAAACGUCAUUGAAUUUAACACCAGUUGAGGUUUGAAACGCCAGUUAAAAUGAUUCCCAGCUCAUCGUGUUAGGUGUAAAGUUUGAAGUUGAUCAUUCUCUAAGCCAGCAUAAUGGAGAGAAAAAAUGUGCUGUAUGUUCCGAUUUGAUGAAAUGUUGUAUUUGUGUUCACUUUUAUGUACAGUCUAAUUAUAUAUAAUUAGACUGUAAUAUUUAUAAUUAUAUAACAAAUACAAGUCGUUUACUGUCCAUACAAUUCAAUGAUUCCGUAAGGUACUUAAAUUAUGCAAUAUACAUGUAUGGUUUUAAACAACUUAUUUAUAUUAUUUACAUAUAUUUAUCUCUAUUACCAUGUUGCUUGCAUGGCGUGUACCAGCAAUGGGAUUUUCAGCAUAUAAAUUUGUCAUUCCUUGUAUAGUGAAUACGUAAAUGGAAGUGUUUUGUUUUUCUUUUUUGCAGGAGUGGUUGUCAAUUUUUAACUUUUGCAAACCACCUUAGUUUGGAUAUUCUCAACCUUAUAUUUGUGGUACUUGUGAUACAUUAGCAUAUGUAAAAUACAAAUGUUGGUUUUUCAAACGUUUGCCUAUUUUUUUUUUUUUUGUUCAAAUUCUGUGUCAACCCGGUUCCGGUUUUUAACUUCAAUCCUGUUUUCUUUGUCAUCUUCUGCCUAUCUCUCU